CGUCAAUAAACUACAGUAAACGAAACAAACAGCCGGCAGAAGGAGCAAACUGAAGCAAAAAAGGCCAACAAACAGAAAGCCAAUCAAACUUGUUGAGACGCGUUUUGUGGUGAUUCAUAAAUAAAGUACUUUGGUUACUACUGUUCUGUGUUCAUCGACGAUCGUCAAUAAUUUAAUCGUGCUUCGUGAAAAUUUACAAACUUGGAUGUACCAUGACUUCUUAUCGGAAGGUAGACCAAGCCACUGUUAUUAUUUUGGACAUCGGAGAUAAUGUUUCUAGUGCCGAAGAAAAGAACAAAAAGAGUUUCUUUGAUAUGGCGCGCGAAUGUGCAGCCCGUGUUUUGGAGAGAAAAAUAAUGGCACAAACUAAAGAACUCGUGGGAAUAAUGUUGUUGGGAACUAAAAAAGCCAACAAUAACAUGGCCGAAACCAAUAAGGGUCUAUUCAAACAUGUAACACAGUUGGUUGAAUUAAAGAGUCCUACCUGGGACAUGAUACAUGAUAUACCGGAUAUGCCAUCUAAAAGUCGUGGGGAUUGGAUAGACUCGCUCAUUGUGGCAGCUGACCAUUUAAAGAAUGGUGUAAGUGGCUAUAGAAUUGCCAGUAAGAAAAUAAUCCUUAUGACCAAUUUUCAAGAACCGCACCACUACUCAGCUGAUGAAAUUGAUCAGAUUAUCCAAGGCUUGAAGGAAGAAGAGUUCCAACUAGACAUUAUCGGUCCUGACAUCUACUUAGACUCCCAUAAAUCUGAUGACUGGCAACUAGCUCGGCAAUUACUGGAAGUAACCAAUGGUGCCACAGCAACUUUUGAAUUUGUCCAGCAAUACUUACUAUUCCAUAAAAAAAGAAUUAUCAAUUCUGUGCCCCGUAAUGUUGACCUGAGCAUCGGCCCCAACAUAAGAAUACCAGUCUCCGCAUACAUCAGAAUAAGAGAUGAACCAGCAGUGAAGUCAUGGCAGAAAGCUGUUAAAGAUCCUGUGGGAGCAACUCCAAGUUUCACAAAUAAAGGUACCAUAAGAAGUCUAAAUAUGGCUAGCACAACAGAGGGCAUACUAAGAGAAAAACAAAAUAUUGAUGCUGACAAUCAAGCAAUUGUCACUGAAGAACAGAUAAUAACUGGAUAUCAUUUUGGUCAAGAAAUCGUUCCAUUUCCAGAAAAUAAUACCUUUAUGACAUACAAUUCUGGGCACAAAUGCUUAUCAAUUUACGGGUUUACAAAUGCUGAUAAUAUUCAAUGGCAAAGUUUGGACAGUAAUGGGUUAUCCUAUGUGUUUGGUCGGAAGGGAGAUAAGAAAGCUCAGAAGGCAUUGAGGUGUUUGGUAGAAUGUCUACAUGAGAUGAAUUUAGUGGGUAUUGCUAGAAGUGUCUAUAGAGAAGGUUCAGCACCACAAAUGUUUGUUCUCAUGCCUGUAAUAGACACAGAGAACUACAUAUGCUUGUCUAUGAUUGGUAUCUGCUAUAAGGAACAAAUCAAAUACAUGGCAUUCUCUUCCACAAAACUGAAAAAAUAUGAACACACUAAUGAACAAGUUAAUGCUUUUAAAGAUUUGAUAAGAGCAAUGGAUUUAACAAGUGCAUAUGAUAACUCUUAUGAUGAUACAGAGGCAUUUCCUAUUGCACAAACGGUCAGUCCAACUGUACAGUAUGUGUUGGAUAGCAUAGCAUAUAGAGCUAUGAACCCUGGUAAACCACUGCUUCCACCAAGAGAUGAUAUCAUGAUACUGUUCAAAACACCACCUCUGAUAGAAAAGAAGAGCAGAGAACCAUUGGAUAAAUUGAAAACUCUGUUUACUCUUAAUAAAAUUGAGAAGAAAACAAGAGACAAAAAGAAAGUUGUUAAUGAUGAUGAUUUAAUUGAUAAUGAUUUGGAUCCGAUUCAACCAUCAACAAGUGAUAAUAAUAACACAGAUUUUAAAUUUGAUAUGCCUAAGGUACACCUUACAGCGAAGAAAACUGAUGUGGUUGAAAAAGUAGGGACGCUCAAUCCUAUCAAUAAUUUUAGUGCACUUCUAAAGAAGGUUUCUCUAGUUGAGCUGGCUCCUCAGAUGUGUAAAGCCAUAGAGGAUAUUUUUUACUGUAAUUUUGAUGGAGUAUAUGGUAAAGCUGUUGAUACUUUGAAACAUUUUAGAGAGAAAUGUGUGGAGAUUGAUCCAACACCUUAUAAUGAAUGGCUUACAAAAUACAAAAAAGAAUUGAUAAGUCGGCAGAAGCAGAAUAUAAUAAGUUUGAUAAACGAGAAGAAUUUAGGAUUUAUAAUCAAAGAGGAGAAUCCAAAGAGUAUUUAUGAGAGGCCAGAUAGUCAUGAAGAGAGUCAGUUAUAUGAUAAUGACACUGUACCAGAAAUGACUGACAUAACUAUUCCUACUGAAGUAGAAGAUUUGUUUGCUGAUGUUUGAUUAUUUUGUAACUCGUCAACUGUGCCAGCACAUAAAAUUCAUAAACAAUAAUAUAACUGUUAUUAGAAUAUUAUAAGAAAAAGUAUUAGAUACCUGCAAAGUUGUGAUUUGAUUGUUACAAAUUGUGAUCUCUUUUAAAUUGUUUUGUACCACAUAAUUCAAUUAUGGUAUAUUUUUGGAAUAAAUAUUUUUCAAAUAUUUGGAA